AUGAGGUCGGAUCGAUAUGAUGUGGCUUCUACGCCUCCCGCUGAUGGGAACGAUUUGGUCACCUGCUCCGUUCACGGUAGCCGGCGGUUGGCCAGGUUCUGCGUUCGCAUUCCAGUGUACAACGCCGACCGUGUCAUGGUUGGAUACACCUAUAAGUGCAAAGAAGAGAUGCAGUGUGCGGCUUCGGCGUCUAGGAAUUCUUUUGCCAAGCAACAUGACAUUAGGGGUGUUGCUGAAAGUCGAGACGAUGCCUCUCCGGAAUUAUUGACGAGGUCCGUGGCAACAACACCAACAACGGCUGCGGGCGUUGUUGCGGCAACGGAAAAAGAUGCUGCUCCGCAGCAACAAAGGACUGGAGCUGCGCGCGGUCCCAACCGCUACUACGACCUCACCAAGCAGCGGGACUCGGAUGCGGCAGGGAAGAAAAAGGUUUGCUGGAACUGUGGAAUGGAGGGACACGAAAAACCCGAGUGCUGCAAUACAUUAUGCAGAACGUGCCACACCACAAGGGGUCAUCACCACCUUUGUCAAGAGCCACGCCCAUCACCUUUUCUGAACUUGUCUCCCACAACUCUUUUAUCAGAGGAUAUGUCUUUUGUGCAGUGUGUAUCCUGUUCUUCAUUUGGUCACUUUGAUUGCUCUGCGUCCCGAGAAACGAGGAUUCCCUCGUGUUGUUUUUGUGGAGAGAGGGGGCACAACGCCUAUGACUGCAGUCGGCGGAAGAAGCGAGUGCCGGACCGUUGGGUAACUCGUGUAAAAGAGGCGGAGAACGGCAUGGCUUAUCGGGAGAAUUCUGGCGCUUCUGCUGUGUUGCCGUCAGUUUUCAAUUCCCUUUCCACCGUGUAUGCCUCUCCUGGCUACAAUCAGGCUUCUGCGUGGAGAGAGAGGGGUGCGCCUUCUUAUGUCGCAAACUGGAAUGCCGGCAGGAGAGAAAAUGGGUCUUACGGUGGGGGUGCUAGCAGCGGUGGGUACUACGCGACGAAUUCCCGCCCCUACAAUGAUAGAUCGCCCUAUUCUGGUUACAGCGGAGACAGGCACAAUGUCUCUCAUACGAGGGAAACGGAUCAAUAUGCAAAUUACGGGUUGAAGCGCUCUCGCUGGGGUGAUGAUGAGGAUUUAUCUCGCAAUAAACAUCAUCAGCAGAGCCGGACACACGACCACUAUCGUGGCUUUGAUUCGAAUCAACAAGGAAACCAAAGGGUAGGCAGGAACCAUGCUGGCAGCAGAGGCGAGGGAGAGAAGCCACAUGUACGCCAAUCAUAUCACAACAACGGCCGCUAUCAGCAGAAACAACGUCGUAGGAACCGUGGUGGGAGCGACAGUGAUGAUGAUUACGAAAAUUUGUUUUAA